AUGGCACUUGACAAGAUAUAUGGUAAGUACAGUGAUAGUUUUCAGUUACUUUUUGCUUUCAAAGCAGAAGUAGAGAGGGCAUCACCAGACAGUGUUGUUGACAUUGACCAUCACACAGUGGAGUACAAGUUAAAAGGAAAUAAAUUCUACAAAGAGUGUUUUAGAAGGGUUUUUGUCUGUUUCAAAGCUUGUCGGAAGGGGUUUCUAGAGGGGUGCAGGCCAUACUUGGCUGUAGAUGCAACUGCAUUCCAUGGUAGGUUUAGGGGCCAACUUGUAGCAGCAUGUGCCCUAGAUGCACACAAUUGGUUAUUUCCUAUUGCAUAUGGUGUUCUUGAAGUGGAGUCCACUAAGAGUUGGACAUGGUUUUUGAAUAAUUUGAAGAAAGCUAUAGGACAUCCUGAAGGAUUAGUUAUCCAUACUGAUGCUUGCAAAGGACUGGAGAGUGCUGUUGAUGAUGUUUAUCCUGGAGUUGAGCACAGAGAGUGCAUGAAACAUUUGUCUCAAAAUUUUGGCAAGAAAUUCAAAGGGAAAUUUUAUGAUGACAAUCUGUGGCCUUGCUCACUAACUUACAGCAUCAAAAAGCACAAUUAUCAUCUGAACCAGUUGAAAAGCAAGCCCAAAGUAAAGGAGUAUCUUGAGGAGCACCACACCAAAAUCUGGGCUAGAACUAAUUUCACUUAG